AUGAACUCCAUUGGUUUCUAUAGAUCAUUUUCUGUCUCUGCCACCAUAUUGGCAGAGAGAUUAUCACCAAAAUGGGCAGCAAAACAAAUCGUACCUGAAAAUGCAUCACGUUCCAAAUUAGCCAGUUUGAAAAGAAAGGAAAAAAGAUGGAAAAGACAAAUCAUCAGAGAUAUCAAUAAUUUCAAACAACACAAAUUAAAGAACAUUCAAUUUAAAGUUGAUCCAGUUUUAGGUGAUGCCAACAACGGUUUCAUCAAACGUGUGAAUCAAGAAAUCCAAGAUUUAUCUAAUUUAUCAUUUGGUUACAAAAGAGAUGAAGUUGAAAAGUUAUUAUUUGGAGUAGAAAAAUCCAAUUUAAACAUGAAUUUAAACUCUUCCGGAAGUGUUUAUGAUAAUUUAAUCAAAGCAGAAGAAAACAAAAGGAAGUCUGUGUUGACCAUUCUUAAUUUAAAGAAUUCUAACAACAAGGAAAGAAAGAAAAUUGCUGUUGAAAGAGCAGUACAAGAAUUUGCCAGAAAUGAAGGUGACACCGGUUCACCAGAAGUUCAAGCAGCUGUUUUAACUGUAAAGAUCCAUUUAGGUAUGCAACAUGUUAAACAAAUGUUCAAAGAUAAAGUUCAUAUUCAACAUGUCAGAGAAUUAGUCCAACAAAGACAAAGAAUCCUUAAAUAUUUGAAGAAGACCAGACCUGAAGAUUAUUUCUAUUGUAUUGAAAAAUUAGGUUUAACUGAUGAUGUUAUAAUAAGAGAAUUUAAUAUGGAUAAACAAUACUUCCAAGAUUAUAAGAUCUGGGGUGAUAAGAAAUUGAUCAAAUUGAGUGAAAAACAAAAGAAGAGAGAAGAGAAAUAUACUGCUUUGGAAAAGAAGAUCACUGAAUAUAAUGAAUUAGCCAAAAAGAAAUAUGAUCUUUUGUCAUAG